AUGAGCGAACCACCUAAACCAAAUGCUUUUAAAAGAGCAUCGGUGAAGUUACCUGCACAGUUUAAUGUCGACACUUUGGUAGAUGUUGAUGACUUGAACACGUCGUCAUCUUCGUCGUCGUCGACCAACAACACAAAUACAGUACCAACAACAACAACAACAAAUACAAAUACCGUUACACCUCCUCCAUUACCACCAAAAAGGAUAUCAUUUGGAGGAAGUAGAUUACAGACUGCUGGUAGUGGAUCGUCACCAACCACCAGUUCACACAUCUCUACAGAGGUUGUGAGCGUUGCUGACUUGAUCGAUGACGAGCCAGUCUCUAGACCACGUACUACACGUGCCAAGACUCUCACAGGACCAGUGUUUAUGGGCAAGCCUAUGGGAUCGCUAAGAGGAAACAAUAUGAAUGUUGGAGGUCAGCGUGGAUUGUUUAUUGGUGGACGAGGUGGUGGAGGAGCAGUCGACCUAUCCCAACCACUUGUAGACGUUUCAACAGGAGAUGAAGAUCAAUUUAAAAAGGUUGAUUUGUUUAGUAACAGUAAACCACUCCCUCCAACUCCAACUACAACCAAGAAAGAAGACAACAAUGGUGGUGAUGAUGAUGACGAUGACGAUGAUUAUGUCCCACGAUCAAAUAUAUCAUUCUCAUCGGUCAUGUCAAAGACAAAGAGUCAGGGCGAUCGUCAUUGGAUCGCACGAGAACCUGUUGAACGACGACGAUCAACACGGCACACAGAGCAUUUCGUCGCUGGAUUUGGCAACGGUCCAGCGUCCCAAGCAACAAUAUCACACGAUCGACCCGGCAUCCAUUCCCAACUGGAAAAAGGAUGCUCCACAGCAGCAGCCAACAACGACUUCGACGACGACCUCGGGUACCAACGGCGGCACAUUUGCCAACAUGACGAGCUCGUUUGCGUCGCUGCUAAAGUCGUCGCCGGCCAAGCAGACGUCUGGCCAGCCCGGCCACGCAACCAAGAGCAAGGCCGAGCUCGAGUACAACGAGUAUCUGGACAAGGCGCGUCAAAGCACGUUUUCCGAGAUUGCAGCACUCAACUUUAUCUACCAAGCCGGCAAAGACAACUUGGGUCGCACGGUCAUUGUCAUCGUGGCCUCGCAUCUGCCCGCCAAACAAGUGGAUAUGGAGCGUGUACUGUUGUACACCAUCACGAUCAUGGACCCGGUCGUAGAAGGCGACUAUGUACUCGUGUACGCACACACCAACAUGAACAACGAGAACAAGCCAUCGUUUGCAUGGCUCAAAAAAAAAGUACAAAAAGAAUCUCAAGGGUCUCUACAUUGUGCAUCCAACCACUUGGAUCAAGUUCACGUUACGUCUAUUCAAGCCAUUCCUCAGCUCCAAGUUUUGGCGAGCAACUCAAUCUCCCGCAACAUAUCAUGAUGCACAAGCCUGCAGGCCGAAAGGCUCAGCCUAUAUUUGGUGCACCACUCGAGGACGUCGUCAGUCGUCCCGACAACCCCGGCGAGAUUCCACAGCUCUUUGAAAAGGGAUUGGCCUACCUCGAGAAGCGUGCCCUCCUCGUCGAAGGUAUCUUUCGUCUAAGCGGUGCCAACUCUCAAAUCAAAUCACUCAAAAAUUGUUUCGACGCUGGCGAGGAGGUCGAUCUCAACGACUGUGAAGAUGUUCACACCGUUGCAGGUCUACUUAAAUUAUACUUGCGUGAAUUACCUGAACCAUUAUUCCCAUUUGAAACUUAUUCUAGUUUUAUUGAAAUUUCAAAGGGAGAUGUACCAAAACAACAAAAAAUAGAUAGUGUAAAGUUGUUGGUAUCUUUAUUACCAGCACCCAAUAGAGCUCUUUUCAGACAUCUUUUCCGAUUCUUGGAAAAGGUGUAUGCCAAUGCUGGAGUCAACAAAAUGAAUGCUGUCAAUCUUUCCAUUGUGUUUGCGCCAAACCUUCUCAAAGAUAAAGAUAAUAAUGUUAUGAAUGUUGUUGCCGAUGCUCAAUAUGUAAAUCAUGUAGUUCAACUUAUCAUUGAAAAUAGUUUUGAUUCUUUAUUUAUGAUGUUAACAUCAUGUAUGAAUCAACAACAAACAACUAAUAGUGAACUUAAACCAUUAGAAUCACAAAUUGCAGGACAUACAGAAGAAACACCAGGAUCAGAGAAUUUACCUAGAUUCUUGAUCGAUCCUUUAGGUUAUGUUUAUAAGCCUGUUCCAGGUGCAAGAGGUGAAAGAGAAUUAGAAUUCUAUCGUGAUAUUGUUGGUACCAUCAAACCAUCACUAACUAAAUUCGUAUCUGCCUUUAAAGGUGAACGUGAUGUUCAUUCAGUUAGAUACAUUGGUAUUGAAGAUCUUACAUUCCCAUACGAUAAAUCAUUUGUAAAUGUAGCAGAUAUAAAGAUGGGAACUAGAACGUAUGGUAGUAAUGCAACUGAAGAGAAGAUAAGAUUAGAACAAGCAAAAUCAGCAAAGACCACUACAUCAUCGUUGGGUUUCCGGUUCUGUGGCGCUAAAAUCCAUAAUCCAACAACUGGUUUGGCCAAAAAGAUGGACAAGGACUGGGGAAAGAAGUUGAAAAAGGAGAAUAUGUUGGAAGCUGGUAUCCGUCCCUACUUUACGUUGGACGGUCAUUUGGAGCAAGACACCAAGAAAAAGGUGGUCACAGAGUUUCUUAAUCUCCUCGAUGAAUUGUUGCAAUGGUUCAAGAGCAACACUGCCUACAAUUUCUAUAGUUCAUCUUUAUUGUUUGUAUUUGGACCUGUCAAUGCCGAGAUGCGCAAACACCACAAUGUCUUUAUGGUCAGUGACACAAUUGGCGUUAGUCUAAAGAUGAUUGAUUUUGCACAUGUCGACAAAUCCAAUGAAUUAGAUCAAGGCUACAUUACAGGUCUCGGUAAUCUCAUUGACCAUUUAAAGCAAUUAAUAUUGUAUUAA